UUUGUUGUUUUAAUUUCGGUUUUGCUGUUUUGUUUUGCACUUCCCGGCCACCGUAAUACGAGCACCAGAACUGAGAUAAAUAAAACGGAUAAAAGCAGUACUGGACUGGAAGCGUCUUGUUUGGAGUCAUUCGUCAGAUAGCCCUACAAGCACUUCUAAGCGACAAGAUGGUUAUUUGUCGGUACACACAGUAUUUUAAAAAAAUAUAUCUACAGUAAUUAUGUCGACUGUUAAACAAAAAUGCUAUCUGUGGCACUUUUGCUUCCUGUGAUUCAUCUCGCCUUUGCUGGACACUCUCUGCAGUAUUUCUACACUGUUGUUUCUGGAGACAUUAACUUCCCAGGGUUCACAGUGGUUGGAUUUGUUAAUGAUCAGGAGUUUAUCUACUUUGACAGCAAAAUAAAGAAAGCUGUACCAAAAACUGAGUGGAUCAGAGAAAACAAAGGAGAAGAUUACUGGAACAGAGAGACUAAUGCGUUUACUAAUUAUUAUUGGGAAUAUAAGAAUGAAAUGCAGAUUAUAAUGGAUCGAUUCAACCAUUCAGAAGGUGUUCACACUCUGCAGGUGAUGUACGGCUGUGAGCUGGUGAAUGAUGGUACCACUGGAGGAUACUGGCAGUACGGUUAUGAUGGAGAAGACUACAUCAACUUUGAUAAGACGACACUCACCCAUACAGCUGCAAAUCCUCAAGCUAUCAUCACCAAAAACAAAUGGGAUGCUAACAGAGCUCUAUUAGAAUACCGAAAAACAUAUCUGGAGAAUACAUGCAUUGAGUGGCUGAGGAAGUAUGUGAGCUACGGCAAGAACGUUCUGGGGAGAAAAGAUGCACCUACGGUUUCUCUGCUGCAGAAGGACUCCUCGUCUCCAGUUGUCUGUCAUGCUACAGGUUUCUACCCCAGCAACAUCAUGAUGACCUGGAAGAAAAACCAAGACGAUCAUAAUGAGGAUGUGGAAGUCAGUUCAACUUUAUCAAACGCAGAUGGAUCAUAUCAGAAGAGCAUCAGUCUUUCAGUAAAUCCUGAGGAGUGGAAGAAGAAUCCAGAUGUCUACAGAUGUGUGGUUCAAAAUGUGGGAGCAAAGGAAGAGAUUGUUGUCCUGCUGAAUGAAAAGAACAUCAAGUCAAACUCAGCUUCAGACUAUUCGGUGCUAUUCGUUGCAUGUGGUUUGGGGGUGCUGCUGCUGCUCCUGCUGCCGCUGGCUGUCUAUACCUUUAUCAUAAAGCACAGCCUGGCCAAGAACAAGAGUUUAGAAUCAACAGACUUUGUGAAGACCUGUACCUCUGAAAAGUCAGAUUCUGCUUCAGAGUUACUGCCACAACAAGUAACCACCAAAAGGUUACCAAAGUUACCACCACAGAAUAAAUUGAAAAAACGUGAAAAGAAGUGAAGUGUCAAAACUAAAGAAUCCCUACAAACAGGAGUGGAGUCUUAAAAUGAACUGAAAAUAAAUAUCAAUGUGGUUGAAAGAGAGAGAGAGAGACCUGUAAGCAGUGCACCUGUGUAUGCUUUUGUUACAUAAACAUAUUCGUUAUAUGUUUCAUUUUGUGAAAUUUUGUAAUAUAAGAGCAGUUAACUGAGAUUGGGGAUAUAUGGGGAUAAAGGCAACUCCUUUUGCCUUUUGAAGAUGUUCUGGUAUUUAGUGCUCUGAUGUGCAGGCCAGAGGGCAACAGUUCAAAAAGGUGUACACGUAAAGUCUGUAAUGAUUUUCCUGGCCUCUUCCUCACUCUGCAGUAGAGCUUUUCCUUUAUAUAUUAUGUGCCAUUUUACUGUGUUUCUGUUUGACCAUUACAACGUUUUUUUUUUUUAAUAAACAUUUU